AUGUCGUCCCCCCUAUAUAUCGGUUUCGAUCUCUCCACCCAGCAGUUGAAGGGUUUGGUGGUCAAUUCGGAGCUCAAGGUGGAGUAUGUCGCCAAGUUCGACUUCGACGCCGAUUCCCACGGGUUCCCCAUCAAGAAGGGAGUCCUGAACAAUGAAGCAGAGCAUGAGGUCUUUGCCCCGGUAGCUUUAUGGCUACAGGCAUUGGACAGUGUGUUGGAGAACCUGCGCAAGCAGGGACUGGACUUCAGCCGGGUAAAAGGAAUCAGCGCUGCCGGCCAGCAGCACGGAAGUGUCUACUGGGGCCCAAAUGCGGAGCAGUUGCUCCGCAAUCUAGACGCCACCAAUUCCCUCGAGACACAACUCGAGGGGGCCUUCUCACACCCAUACAGUCCCAAUUGGCAGGAUUCGAGCACCCAGCAAGAAUGCAAUGAGUUUGAUGCGGCGCUCGGGGCCCCUGAGCAUCUGGCACAGGCAUCGGGAAGCAAAGCACACCACGUAAGACACCCUCCGAAUCGGUGUGAACAAGCAUACUUAGGUACUAAUAUCUUUCAGAGAUUCACAGGACCCCAAAUCCUCCGCUUCACCCGAAAGCACCCAGAAGUCUACCAGAAGACAUCCAGAAUCUCACUGGUAUCUUCUUUCCUGGCCUCGCUGUUCCUCGGCCAUGUGGCACCCUUUGACAUCUCCGACGUGUGUGGGAUGAACCUGUGGAACAUUAAGAAAGGAGCGUAUGACGACCGACUGAUUGAACUCUGCUCCGGUGUAUUCGGGGUCGAGGAACUCAAGCGGAAGCUCGGUGAAGUGCCAGAAGAUGGAGGCCUGCAUCUAGGCCCCGUCCAUGCAUACUUCGUGGAGCGAUUCGGCUUCAGUCCCGAAUGUACGGUCAUCCCCGCAACUGGUGAUAACCCAGCUACUAUUCUGGCGCUGCCAUUGCGGCCCUCAGACGCCAUGGUGUCCCUGGGCACCUCUACCACCUUCCUCAUGUCCACCCCUAGCUACAAACCCGACCCUGCCACCCACUUCUUCAACCAUCCGACGACCCCCGGAUUGUACAUGUUCAUGCUGUGCUACAAGAACGGUGGCCUGGCCCGUGAGCAUGUCCGAGACGCCAUCAACGAUAGCUUGAAGGAUACCCCCGCUCAACCCUGGGCCAACUUUGACCAGGUUGCGCUGCAGACACCUGUACUGGGCCAGCAGAAAGCUUCGGAUCCUAUGAAGCUGGGACUUUUCUUCCCGCGCCAUGAGAUUGUGCCUAAUAUCCGUAAGGGUCAAUGGCGCUUUACAUAUGAUCCCAGCACGGGGGCUCUGAAGGAGACCACCGAUGGAUGGAAUAGCCCACAAGACGAAGCCCGUGCUAUUGUUGAAAGUCAAAUGAUCUCCCUGCGUCUGCGGUCUCGGGGUCUCACUCAGAGCCCCGGUGACGGGCUCCCCUCCCAGCCACGACGAGUGUAUCUCGUUGGAGGAGGUUCCAAGAACAAAGCCAUUGCGAAGAUUGCUGGCGAGAUUCUGGGUGGUGUGGAGGGUGUGUAUCAGCUCGAUAUCGGUGACAAUGCCUGUGCCCUCGGUGCUGCAUACAAAGCUGUAUGGGGAAUUGAGCGCCAACCCGAUCAAACCUUUGAAAGCUUGAUCGGUGAGCGUUGGAAAGAAGAGGAGUUCAUUGAGAAGAUUGCCGAUGGGUACCAGAAGGGAGUGUACGAGCAAUAUGGCCAGGCUGUUGAGGGCUUUGAGAAGAUGGAGCAGCAAGUGCUGCAGCAAGAGGCAGAUAUGGUCGCAUAG